AUGGCGCACCGAGACAGUCAAUCACAAACAUGGUGUGAAGAGCACUUUUUCGAUUUUAUUGAUAAAGACCGAUGGCCGCCGAACAGUCUCGAUCUUAAUGUUCUUGAUUACCAUGUAUGGGACGCCGUUGGGCAACAAAUGCGACGGGACAAAGUCAAUAAUUAUGAAACAUUACGUGAAGAAAUUAAAAAAGCUGUAGAAUUUGUACCGAAGAAAAACGUCGCGAGCAGUGUCGAUGCUUGGUCACGUCACAUCAUCAAACUUUCGAAAAACAAAGGUGCUUAUAUAUUAAGUAGUUCUCUGUAUGUAUAUAUAGUGUUUUGUUUACUGUAUCCAACUAUUAUUCUAGCUUUGAAAUAAAGCUUAGGCCUUUGAAGAAAUUUCGACUACAAAGUGGCGCCAUUUCCUCUGUCCAAUCCGUUAUUUAAAAUUAGUACACUAUGAUUAAAAAGCAACAUAAUUCAUAUUAUGUUCAAUAAAUUUUAUUUUUCAGUAGUGGAUUAAUAUUCAACAGUCCCGAGAAGGACGUAUCUAAAUCAGUGUAAAGCUGGGUCAGCAGUUAGCUUGUUUUCGUCUAUAAUCAAAGGACGUACGCGAACUAAAUACACUAUCCAUUUCAAACUAAAAGACCGGUAGCCAUUUCUCCAAUAACACAAAAAUGAAAUGAGAUAACGUCAUGUAGUUUUCACCAUUCGAAAGCAGACACCUGAGCAUAUCCUUCCAUAAGAAGGAACGUUUUGAAACAAUUUCAAAACCUGUAUUAGGUGAAAUAUCCCAUUUUUGUCCUUUUUCACCGAACAUCAAAAAAAUUCAUAUUUCAGUCAAAAUCGAUGCAAACUAUUAAUACAUGAGGGUUUCUAAAUGUGCUCUGUUUUAUCUGCACUAUAUCAUGCAGUGCAACAGAGCUUCUAUAAAUCAACUUUUCGCUAAGUUUCCGACUUUUUCAGAAAGCGAAUAUUGCCAUAAGACUAAGUGUGAUCAAUAAUCUAGGUCUUCAUUCAAUUUCGGGGCUAUUACACCUAAGCAAAUACUGGGCUCAAUCUGAUAUCGCGUUUAAACCAAAGUGGGUUAGUACUCUAGCCUAAACUGAGAGCGCGUUAGUUUCGAAUUUGUAGUGUAACUUCGAUAAAUAGUUUCCUAACGCGAAGAUCAUCUCGCUAAAAGACAUUUCGUGUCUACAUUAAGGACUAACGAACAAAGUCGAAAUUGUUCUUCCAUUCAGAACUACAUCAUUCAAUUUUCCACAUUAGAUUAUUCUACGCUUUACCACGCUCACCACCGCGCGUUUCAAAUAAAGAAUUUAUCCUCAGCGCCAGGCAUUUUUCUGUAUAUGUAUCCUAUCUCAAUUUCAACAUAAAUACCUCGAACGACGUAUUUCCAAUUGACAAACAUUUGUCAAUACGACGUAACCGACAGUAAAAAUGUUAAGAGCCUUUCAUAACACAGUGAUAAUAAGUCUCCGAUUCUCAACUAAAAUGUUCCCGUACAUGGACACUAUCUCGCCGUCGUGCAUGCACAGUUUUACAAAGUGUGAUUUACCAUUUCUAUAGCAAAAUAAAUACAUUAGUUUAAAAGAUAAACUUCAAUCUCACUCAACAUAAAAUUAACAUUCCCAGUGAACGUUUUCACCCCUAGACCAAUUACGUCACUGUAAUUAAGCGGGAAACCAAUACGACUAUCAUUAUUCAUAUCACCACUAUCAGCAACGACAAUAUCUGCAAACUACAGUUCGCUUACCGUGGGCGAGGAAGUAUGACCCCAUGUUCUCCCCACAAUGAGAAAUGGCCGAUGAUCGGGAGUGAUUGUAGCCACGAGAAAGCUAAGGUCGAAUGAUGUGCCUGUGAAAGAAUGAAGGUACCAAAUACUGGUCCGUAGUUUUUGCUAUGAAACACGGCGUAUUUUUUUCCAUUUGUCGUCAAUAACAAAUUGUGUGAUUUGAAGACCAUGUGGGUUGGUUAGUGUGAAGAGAAAUGCUUGUGAGUCUUCUUUCGGACCAGCUUGUGAACUCCAAGGUAUGAUGGUAUGGGCGUUACUGCGUUCGCAUAUUAUGGAAGCGUGAGUUUAUAGGUUCCUUACUCGUGUGAUGAACUGUGACAGGUAAUAUUUGUAUUUAAAUACAAAUAUUACCUGUCACAGUUCAUCACACGAGUAAGGAACCUAUAAACUCAUUAUACAAUAUAAUUGCGCUGUUUGGUUUUAUCACGUUUAGAUACUUAGACUUCUCGCUACAACUUGGUUGUUGUUAGAGUUAUUCGCUACUUAAGCUACCACGAGCGCUUUCGACCUUGCUUA